AGAGCGCGCUCCCGAGUGCUGGGGUCCGGUCGCGCCGCAGCAUGACCCAGUCGGUGGUCGUACAGGUCGGCCAGUGCGGAAACCAGAUCGGCUGCUGCUUCUGGGAUCUGGCGCUAAGGGAGCACGCCGCGGUCAACCAGAAAGGAAUUUAUGACGAGGCAAUAAGCAGCUUCUUUAGAAAUGUGGAUACCAGAGUGGUUGGUGAUGGUGGCAGUAUUUCCAAGGGGAAAAUUUGUUCUUUGAAAGCACGAGCUGUCUUGAUUGACAUGGAGGAAGGGGUAGUAAAUGAAAUUCUGCAGGGACCAUUGAGAGAUGUAUUCGAUAGCAAGCAGCUCAUCACUGAUAUUUCUGGCUCAGGGAAUAAUUGGGCUGUGGGUCACAAAGUGUUUGGCAGCCUUUAUCAAGAACAGAUUUUAGAGAAACUCAGAAAGUCGGCAGAGCACUGUGAUUGUUUACAGUGUUUUUUUAUCAUACAUUCCAUGGGAGGAGGAACAGGAUCUGGACUUGGCACAUUUCUCUUAAAGGUGCUUGAGGAUGAAUUCCCAGAAGUAUACCGAUUUGUGACUUCAGUUUAUCCUUCUGGUGAGGAUGAUGUCAUAACCUCACCUUACAAUAGCAUCUUGGCAAUGAAGGAACUUAAUGAGCAUGCAGACUGUGUGUUGCCCAUUGACAACCAAUCUUUGUUUGACAUCGUUAGCAAAAUUGACCUCAUGGUGAAUUCUAGAAAGUUGGGUACAACUGUAAAGCCAAAGAGUCUGCUUACUUCGAGUGCUGGGGCUUUGAAAAAGCAGCACCAGAAGCCCUUUGAUGCAAUGAACAACAUUGUGGCAAAUUUGCUCCUGAACCUGACCAGCUCUGCAAGGUUUGAAGGGUCCCUUAAUAUGGAUCUUAAUGAAAUCAGCAUGAAUUUAGUUCCUUUUCCUCAACUACAUUAUCUUGUGUCAAGCCUAACACCUCUAUAUACACUGGCAGAUGUUAACAUUCCUACCCGAAGGUUGGAUCAGAUGUUUUCGGAUGCCUUUAGUAAAGAUCACCAGCUAAUUCGGGCUGACCCCAAACAUAGUCUCUACCUAGCCUGUGCCCUUAUGGUUAGAGGAAAUGUACAGGUUUCAGAUCUUCGCAGAAAUAUUGAAAGAUUAAAACCUUCUCUACAGUUUAUCUCCUGGAAUCAAGAAGGUUGGAAAACAAGCCUGUGUUCAGUACCUCCCGUGGGCCAUUCCCAUUCAUUACUAGCUCUAUCAAAUAACACAUGCGUGAAGCCUACCUUCAUGGAACUGAGAGAGCGAUUCAUGAGGCUCUACAAGAAAAAGGCUCAUCUUCAUCACUAUCUACAAAUCGAAGGGAUGGAGGAAAGCUGUUUCGUGGAAGCUGUGUCAUCAUUAUCCGGGCUCAUAGAGGAGUAUAACCAACUGGAUGCCACACUAAGUGUGCCUGCGGAAGAUGUGCCUAGACUAAGCGUCGUCGUGUAAAACAGAAAACCCAAAAGGACCACUUUUACUUUCCUGAAUGUCACAUUUUUUUGUCACUUUAUCUUUCUGUUUCAGAACUACUGUGAUUCAGAAAGCCUAGUUUGCACGUUUCAUGUUAGAAAGCAUUUUUGUCUUAAAAAAAAAGAGUGGCUUUCCUUUCGUCACAAUUUGUGGAUGAUACCAGUGUGUGACAUUAGUGAAGUCCUAGUACCUUUAGCUUCAAACAUUUGUCUUCAGGAAGUUGCCCUUUUCUAAAAUUGAGAAAACAGAGUUCAACAUUUUACUUUAUUUAUAGUUUCAUGUUCAGGCAUUCGUACAAUGGUAAUCAUGUCUUCAAUAAAAAUCUUACACAGAUUUUUAUAUAUUUAUGUAUAAUUUAUUUUUUCAUACUUUGG